CAUUUCUAUAUACCAUAACCUUAUCAACAAACACAUAAUAUUGUUAGAUAUCUAUAUUAGAGAUAUAUAUCGGAAAAUAUAAUAGUGUUACCACAUUAUUCAUAUUAUCAUAUACUUGUUAUAUGGUUUGUGUUACUAUGUCUUCUUCUUCUCUUACCAAGUCCGAUGUCUACCAAAUCUUCAAAUCUUUAGACCAAAACAACGAUGGCUUAUUGAGCCUAGAUGAGCUUGUUUGGCUACUCGAAAAGACCGGUUUCGCCCGUGUUAGUGAAGACGAGCUAGCUUCCUUGGUGGGUAAGAAAGGUUUGGAUUUUGAUGAGUUUACUUAUUUUUAUGACAUGAUAUUGUUGAAGAAUGAUCAUGAUAAUGUUGUAUUUGGAAAUGGACCAAAAAAUAAUGAAGAUCAUGAUCAAGUGAAGGAAGAAGAAGAAGUGGAUGUUAAUGAUGACUUGUUUAAGGCAUUUAAGGUGUUUGAUUUGAAUGGUGAUGGUCUUAUUUCACCUCAAGAGCUUCAAAGUGUGCUUUGGAAUUUGGGAAUGUGGGAUAAUUUUGGUGGGUUGGAUUGUGAUAGGAUUAUGAGUAAAUAUGAUGUAAAUAGUGAUGGUUUUGUAGAUUUUUUUGAGUUUAAAACAAUGAUGCUUGCACAUUGAAUUUAUUUUGUAAUAUUAUGGGAUACUAUUGUUGUUUUGAUUUCAUUGUUUAGAUUAAAUUUGUACUUGGAUUUUAUCAUUAUUGAACCUUACGAGUGGAUUUUCUUACUUCA